AUGGAUUGCCUCACGUUGGAUCAGACUCUCGAAGGCGUUCUUCUUCAAGCUAGAUCGCUGAGCGAGCUUGAACAGCGGAUGGACAUCAUAGCACUGAGUCUUGAUAACCUCUUCUCUAGUCAUGCUGAUGACAAAGAGGAGGUGAAAGAUUUGGAUUUUGUUGCUGCUAUUGUCCUUACAACUGAAGUUGAAGUUGAUGCUCCUAGAGCUGAAGCUAAUAAAGCCGAGGUUGUUGAUGAAAACAUCACUUCCCAAGAAGCUAAUGAAGCUGAGGAAGAUGAUGAUGAAGAUGAUGACAAUGAAGAUGACCAUGACUCUCCAACCCUUCAAGAUGCUGGAAAGGAUCUCGGUGGUGAUGAUGAUGAAGAUGAUAAUGAUGAAGACUUCACAAUUCAGUACCACAAACCUGCCAAUGCUGUAAAAGGAGUCUCUCUUAGGGAUUCUUCAUCCGAGGAGGAGAAAGAGAAAGAAAAAGAGAAGGAGACUUCCACAAAGAACCAGGACACUGCAUCGAAAGACAAGGGUGUUGCUGAAGAAGGAAAUCUCAAGGUUCUCUUCAAAUCUAUAGUGCCUCAAAGUACAGAAUCCUCCAGGUUUGCAAUAGUCACUUCCUUUUCUCAACUAUCUUAUAUUCCUUCUACUACCUGUGGUCGGCUAGAGGAAUCGGCUAGAGGAAUGGGUACCUGA